GAUCAAGCUCCUCCUCCUUUGCCCAACCCUCUCACCGAAAUGAAUAUCUAACUCAUACCAGAGAAGUUUAGGAGGGAACUUUGCACGGUUCAUUUCUUCACUUUCCUCCUGUGUGUAUUAGAAGAUUUUUUUGGAGUUUGGUGGAGUGAGAAUGCGAGAUGGGGUUGCUCACAAACAGAGCGGAGAGAAGCGAGAUCAAACCGGGGGAUCACAUAUACACAUACAGGGCCGUUUUUGCCUACUCCCACCACGGCAUAUAUGUUGGUGGAAGCAAAGUUGUUCAUUUUACCCGCACCGAGAGCUCCAUUGCCGGUGGUGCUGACGAGGACGAGGACGAGGAUGAAUUAAUGUUGCCGAACCUUUCAUCAUCAUCAUCAGCCUGCCCAAACUUCCCUGACUGUGGAUUCCAGCAGCAACCAAACAGUGGCGGCAGCGGAGUAGUCCUCUCCUGUCUGGACUGCUUCCUCAAGAAUGGCUCCCUUUACUGCUUCGAGUACGGGGUGAGCCCUUGCGUCUUCCAUGCCAAACUCCGAGGGGGCACGUGCACCACCGCGCCAUCCGACCCUCCCGAGACGGUCGUACACCGAGCGAUGCAUCUUCUCCUCCAAAACAACGGGUUUGGGGAUUACGACGUGUUCCGGAACAACUGCGAAGACUUUGCCCUGUACUGCAAGACGGGGCUUUUGAGCCUGGACAAGAUGGGGGUGGGGAGGAGCGGGCAGGCAUCCUCGGCCAUCGGCGCCCCAUUGGCGGCGCUCGUCUCUUCUCCUCUCAGGUUGCUGAUGCCCGCCGCCGGGCCGGUCGGCUUGGCUGCAGUCACGGCGGGGAUGUACUGCAUGAGCCGUUACGCCACCGAUAUUGGUGUCCGUACCGAUGUUGUCAAGGUAGCAGUUGAGGACCUGCCUGCCUACUUAUGAAUGAAUAUGAUGAUGAAUGAACCUACCCUUUGCUUCCAUUUUGAAUUGGUCAUUGUAACUAUUUUGGUUUAUGGCAUUGUGUGUGAACAGAGUGAGUAAUAGACUUCUUAUUGGGUUUUUUUUUUUAAAGUUGUUGGCAACAAAUGCUUAAACAUGUC